AACAAGGCCACGCUAACACCAAAAGGUGACGGUAUGAGGUGAGAAUUCUAUAAGUGCCGCUGUAUUCAAUUGAUCACACCAAGGUAGCCAUGGAAACACAAUAAAAGUGUAAAUUUUAUCACAAUUACACCGAGCACAGCAAGUAAAAAUAAAUCCUGACGAAUUUUUUGUUUAAUAUAAAGUUAAGAAAGUGUAGGUAAUAGUUACGUUAAGGGUACGUGUUAAUUUGAAUUAAAACGCACAAUGCUCAAUCGCACAAUAAGUACUUGCAGAAUAUUAGACAUAAAUCGAGAUACAGAGGUUUUGCAUAGCUUUCUUCUUACAAACGUCGAUCAAACAGAUAAAGAUGUUGACGGCGAUCAAAAAAGUCCCUUAAAAUCGCUACUCGUAAAGAAAUCGGAACCGCGUGGAGCUAAUUACAGUGGCAAGAAGAAGGAGGAAAAGCAUGUCGAGUUCAAGUUCACUGAGAGAAGACAAAGUCAUGUAGAGGAAAGAAAAUUAAGUGUGCCCUCGGGAAAGGCCGAAGAUGUAAAACAGCAAAGUGAGAAAUCGACCGAAGAUGCGGAGAAAUCCGACACGGACCAAAAGAAGAAGCAAAAAAUGAUGAAAGAGGAACUAAAAAUGAGGAGAAGAAGGCGAAAGAGAACAAAACCGGAAGAGUUAUAUACAGAUAAAGAUCGAGCCGCUGCGGUUAAUAUGGGGACCAGAGAUAUAAAACAGUCGUUGAAAAUUAAACGAAGGCAAGAUCGAUCGAAAAAUUUGCAAAUUUCCGAAGAAGCUGUACCUACUACGUUUUUAGCACUUGCUAACUUUGAAAUGGGUCAAGGAGAAGAAGCUAUCGCUUUACAGUUUCUCAAUAAGGCUCUGGAAUUGAACCCAAGUGACAAAAACUGUCUUGUGGCAAGAAGUAAAUGUUAUCUACUACUGGGACAACCUGAGAGUGGUUUAAAAGACGCGGAAGCUGCACUGGCCGUCGAUAAGAAUUUUAUGAAAGGCAUCUACCAGAAAGCUGAAUCUCUUUACUACCUUGGAGAUUUUGAACACAGCCUAAUGUACCACUAUCGAGGCUUGCGUAUUCGGCCCGACUACGACGGCUUUCAAUUAGGAAUUGGUAAGGCGCAAAAAGCCAUCGAAAAUGCGCUGGGCGGAGCGAUGCUCGCUCGAAAGAAAUCGCCCGGCUUAAGCUCUACCUCGAAGAGUUCGGGCAAGGGUAAAUCGAAAGGUACGGCUACAACGGUCUCGUCGAAAUUUUCAUCGGUAAAACAUACGCCCGAGCCUGCAAUUGUAAAAGAUACGCCGAAAUCGACUCAUGGGCAUACACCGAUGCCCAGACCAGUAACUGCGAAUCAGAGUAGUAAGCUGUUACGGGAACUUAGAACGGACAAGGAAUACUUGGAUAGCUUGUUAAAUAGACCGGAUGUGAAAUGCAAAAUUAAUGAAGACGAUUCUACUGUUGUUGGCUACAUUAAAGACGCCGUUGACUUUUUAAAUACACGGCAGGAGUUCUGGAGGCAACAGCUGCCUUGUAAAUUUAAAUAAUGCUAUGUUUGCUAAUCCAUCAUUUUGGCGUUUCGUAUUUUCGAUGUUGAUGUAUCUCUGUUAUCGUAGAAGUUUUUUUAAGAAAUUAAUUUUUAAUCCAACUGAUUUUUUAGAUUGUGAGAAGUUUUUCGAUAGAUACGCAUUAAAAAUUCUUUUACAUUUAAAUUCUUUUACAUUUUUAAUUUGAUUAACUUGGUUACUCUGUAGAAACGAAUGCAUGUUUUUUUUAAUUAGUCACAGAAUGUUUUCGAGUUUUUACAAAUAGGAGACCAGCAAAAAGGUGCAUGUACAUUGUACAAUCUAUGCCAUCCUCUGUUCAAUAGGAACUACUUAAUUAGUAUCAUUCGUGUUUUGUCCAAAAUUAAUAAUAAACGAAUGCUUGGUCGUAUUUUAUUUAGUUUAUUAUAAUGCCAUUAGUACUCUUUUCCA